UCCCUGCAGGGGUCGCGCGGGCGCGGGAGAGGGCAGCUCUUGCCACCGCACCGCGACUGCGGGGGCAGCGCAUGCGCCGCUCGGGGUCUUUUCCCCUCCCCUCCAGUGCAGCAGGGUUUGAGAGAGCUUGUUUUAAGCCUUUGCCCUUCCGACCUUCACUCAUGUCCCUGCUGUGUCUUUUCUUUGCCCCAAGCCAUCACUGAUGUGCCCCCAGUGGCUCCCUGAUAGGGGGUUGUAUCUACCUGGCGCACAGGACCCUUGGCCACUCACCUCUCCGGGCACUUUCACGGGGCCGUGUCCGCCACCUCCUUGGACUCGCUGCGGCAGGUGCUAUCUGGUGGCUCUGCUCAGCAUCCCCCCUGGGGCACCUGUUUUAAAUCUGAUACCUUGCUCCUGUCCCUGCUUUAUCUUUUAUUUUUCCCAUUAUUUUAGUUGAUGCACAUCCAAAAGCCCCCUCGAAUAAAGGCUUCUGGAUAACCAUUGCUCUGCGGGCAUAAGGCCCACCUUACCCUUAUGCUGCAAAUAGACCUGACCCUUAUCUUGGUGGCUCCCCGCCUUGGAGCACUUGUUAUCGGCCUCUAACCCUCACAUCAUUUCAGCUGUCCCAAGGAAUCGUUGAGAUAAUGACAUCCCUUGAAAGGAACCCCAAGCAGCAGAUGAUUUCUCAGCUGCAUAAUUUUGCUUCUGCUGGUGACACAGCUAGGUUGAAAGCAUUGCUUAAGCAUUCUCCAUCCCUUAUUAAUGCAACAGCCGAAAAUGGUUGGACAGCCUUGAUGUAUGGUGCUAGGAAUGGGCACCUCGAGAUUGUGCAGAUUCUUCUUGAAGAAGGGUGUGACAGAUCCAUUGCCAAUAAAUCAAGGCAGACUGCACUGGACAUUGCUAAAUUUUGGGGGUAUAAGCAUGUCGCGAAUUUACUGGCUAAUAUUAAGGGUGGGCAGACACCUAUUUUCUUGCCAAAUGAAGUGAUGGAAUGUGAAAAUUAUUUCAGCAGGACACUUUUGGACAGAAGAAGUGAUAAAAGAACAGAUUAUAAAUGGCUAAGCAAAAAACAGAGCCAUCCAACUACAGUUUACAUCCUUUUUUCAAAGUUAAGCCCACUGGUUACUUUAACAGGAGGAGAGGACAGUACCCAGCAGCCAGAAGUCAGGCUUUGUAAGCUAUGCCACAAGGAUGUCAAGGAAUAUAUGACUGAAGAAGUCACCUUGAUUUUUCUUGGAGUAGAACUUCAACGGAAUAAGGACUUGUUAGCCACUCACAAUGGAGGAGUUUUAAAAGAAGUUGAAGAGGAUGGAUUAGUUGCUUGGUUUGCUGUUAGCAUAGAUUCCAUCUCCGCUGAGCAGUUGAAACAGAAGCAUCAAGAUUGUUAUUUUCUUCAUCCUCCAAUGCCUGCACUCCUGCAGUUGCCUGAAAAAGAAGCUGGAGUAGUAGCCCAGGCUAGAUCCAUUCUCGCGUGGCACAGCCGGUAUCAGUUCUGCCCAACAUGUGGUAGUACAACCAAGACAGAAGAAGGAGGUUACAAGAAGACCUGUUUAAAAAAUGGUUGUCCCAGUCUACAAGGUGUUCACAAUACAUCAUAUCCAAGAGUUGAUCCUGUAGUGAUAAUGCAAGUCAUUCAUCCAGAUGACAACCAAUGCCUCUUGGGUAGAAAGAGUACGUUUCCUCCAGGCAUGUUUACCUGCCUUGCUGGAUUUGUAGAACCUGGUGAAACAAUAGAAGAUGCAGUUCGAAGAGAAGUAGAAGAGGAGAGUGGAGUCAAGGUUGGCUGUGUUCAGUAUGUCUCUUGUCAACCAUGGCCAAUGCCCUCCUCCCUAAUGAUUGGUUGCUUAGCUGUUGCUGUGUCUACAGAAAUUAAAGUUGACAAGAAUGAAAUAGAGGAUGCCCGCUGGUUCACUAGAGAACAGGUUGUGGAAGUUCUCAUAAAAGGAAAUCAGCGUUCAUUUUUCGUGCCACCAUGUCGAGCCAUCGCACACCAGUUGAUAAAGCACUGGAUUGGAAUGAACUCUAACCUUUAAAUCCAAGGAAUUGCUUUAACUUAAAUUACUUCUUCCAGUGACCACUAAUAUUGAAAGUAAGUUAGAAAUGAUGGGUCAUCUAGUAAAGAGUGUAACCACAGUAACUGAGUCUUAAUCCUGGCUUUUGGGUUUGACUUGUCUCACUGUCCUUUUCAGAAGUGGGUUGGAAUAGGAUAGUGCCCAUUAAUUACCCCCAAACAAAAAAUAGUGUCAAGAUUUAAAUAUAUUUUUGUCUUUCACUAUCACUUCUUCUUACCAGCUCCUGAGUUACCUACUUUGGAUCUUUUAUUUGUUUGAGAUGUAAGGUUUAAUUUAGACCUGAUGGAAGUGGUCCCAGCUCCAUGUAACUUUACCUAAAAGCUGCCUGUUGUCUGGGACACUCUCUGUGUAAUCUCCUUUUCUGUUAUCUUGCUUCCUUCUUUUGUCUUGUUUUCUCUUUCUUGUCCCAUAUUUUAUUCACCUUUUCAUUUUCUUCUAUCUUCAUUCUGAUCCAUUCACCCUUUAUCUGCAGUCACUUGUCACUCCCCUCAGAUCAAUAAAAUACUUUUUAAAUUCUAGCAACAGUAGCACUUAAUUGAAGAUGUAUUCACAGCAAGUAUUAGCUGCUGCUAUAGUAUAUAUUUAUGAAGAUGCUGAAUGUGUAAGCAUUUUUGUACAUCACAUGAAUAGCGUUGCAGCAAUCCAAUCUGAACUAACAUACCCAUGUAGACAUACUGUACUACAAUAUUAUAUUUGCAAUAAAGAAGAGUGAGGAGCUGUCCUGUCAGUCUGAUAAUCAGAUGCUGGUAUAAGGCAGUGACUGUGGUAGGUGCUGUUGAGCAGCAAACAAGUGUGUGGUAGAUUUGCUUCUGGUCAGUGCAUAUUGUUUUAGAGAACUGCAGGGAAAAUUAGAUUAAUUAAACUAAGCAUAAAAGAUGCAAGAAUUUAAAUGACAUCACAAAAAUGUAAAAUAAAAUGUGCUUAAUAUAUGAGGCAUUAUGGAAUACUGGUUAUGCAGUUUGCAUAUAAUUGAAAGUGCUAAAGUCAAAUUGAAAGUAGCCUAACUAUAACAAUUCCAACUGUAAAGAAGAGAAGAUAAUAGAGGUUAGAAAAAUAAUAUUAAUUUAUUGAUAUAUAUUUAAUUUUAAUAACACUACAGUGAUUCAGACUGUUGUAGAAAAUAUAUAAAAGCAUGUAUUUUAUACAUGUUUAAGCUACAGUACCAUAAUUCAGAUUUUGUGCCUUAUAAUAAGUUAGUGACAGGAAUUCAAACUAUUUUCUUUCCAAAAUAGAAGAUUAUAAAAUUAUGUUGUUAUUAUGGAAACAGCUUUUUUCCUUUAAUGAUCUAUAAGUACAGAGUGAAAAAAAUGUUUUGAAAAAAUUCAAAUAACUAGACAAUGAUGUAAUCAUGUAAGAUUCAAUCAUAUAAAAUAAUGUAUAAUAUGUCUUUAUAGUUUUCAUUUAUUUGGAGGAAAUUGAUUUUCUUUUUUAUCAGGUUAAAGAAUACUCCAAAUGAAUUUGACUCAAAAAUUUCCACAAUGCCAAGGCCUAUUACAAUGUUUCCAUGUUGGUCCCCUGCUCUUUCCCCAUCCCAGUAGAUAUACAUUUUCUCAUUCACUGUUUUCAACACAAACAUUGCAGCACUUUUACUGGUAAUAAAGUGGUUCUUAAACUUUGGUUUUGAAAGCACUGGCAAGAGCUAACAAGACAUAAGUUGCUAGCCACUUCUCUUUGUUCUAUCUGUAUAUUUUGAGCCUAGAUGCUUUCACUAGGGGCUACUGCUAUGUAGUGGGAGAUAAAAUAGAAAAUGGGCUCAGGGACUGGAACUACAAGAAGGACUGAAGCUGAAUGUUGAUAAAGAUACUUGUCUCCCAGUGAGAGAGAAGCACAGGACAAAAGGAAGUAGAAUAGCAGUAUCUUCAGGAGAGCAAAAAGAGAACACCAGGUAGCAUAGCAUUGAAUGGGAGAAGAGGACUGUGUGGUGUAUAGCAUCUUGGUUAGGGGGAAGAUGGUGAGAAAACUGAGAGUGAGAAACAUGGGAGAGGGCAAAAGGGAACAAUUACAGGCAAUGUAAAAGUAAUUCACUUAUGUUAAAGCAGCUAAAAAUACAUAUACAAUAUAAAGUCCUUUACUUAAUACUGACUUUUCAUGUAGGAAAUUACUGUAGUUGGUAUAUAGAGGAAAGAAUAGGAUUAUGACAGUGAAGUUCAUAAGAGGUCACAAGAUGACGUCACUUUGAGGACUCAAACUAUACUAUGAAAUGUUUCAGAACCUAUGCACUAUGAAAAAAAAGAACAAUUAUCUAGUCAUUUAUAAUAUUUUCCAUGUUUUUGACAGAGGAAAUGCAAAAAGUAAAUAGUGACAAAUAAAGUAACAUGUUAGUAGUCCUUCAGUUUAAAUCAUCAUCUCAACAAUUCAAGGAGAGACUGAAGUAAGUGUCUUGGGCCACAUGUACAUGGUAAACUUACUGUGCCCAGCAGCAGUGCCCCACUGCUCAUGCCACGUGUCACAAUAUUUCCUCUGGGCAGACUGUCUCCUAAAGCAGAAGCAGUGUAACCAUGUCCAUGUAGUGCCACAAGCAGGCCAAUUAAAUGGGUGUGGGGAAAGUACCACUUUCACACAAUCAUCCUAAUUAGUUAACUCACAGCACCCCACAACGAUGGCUAUACUAUAAAGUCACUGCUGUUGGGCUCAGUGGGUUUAUCCAGUAGUCUGCACUUACAGAGUAUGCUUCCUUUCUUCUAUUAUGAAAUAAAAAUAUAUUACUUGGGAAAAUAAAGGCUAUUUUAACUAUUUUAAUUCACAAGUUAAAAUGAAACUUUUUUUAUUUUAUUUUCAUUGAGCUUGUCUGUAGACAUCAAAAUUGAAUCGUAUUUUGAAUGUACAGUAUUUUCUUAAGGAUGAUUAUUAUUUACAGAUUAUGUACAUGAACAAGCUAACUGAAAAUCCAACAUCUCUUGAGUAAUAUACUGUAGUCAUUUAAUGCUGUAUACCAAUGCUGUAGCAUGUUAGAACAUUACUUAGCCAAAAUACAGAAAGAGAAGGCAGAAAGAAUAUAAUUAGUCAAGUUGGAAUUUGAUGAAAGUAGCACCUCCAUGGGAUUUUACUCUAUGUGUUUAAUCCAAAAGACUGUUUCUGCACCAAUAGUAUAUGCCUUAACCCCAGAUCAGUAGAGUAAAUUAGAAUGGGAAAUGCCUUAAUGCCACUUGUUGAAUAAUUAAAAUUACUGUUGGGGGGGGCAUUGUUUCUAUUGAAUGAAGAUGCAUCUCUGUCUCUCAGCAUAUCCCUUCCUUUCCCAUGUCUUUUGUGAUACCAAAGCAAACAAAAACACAAUGGGGAAUGUGUAGAGAAAAGAAUAAAAGACGUUUCUGAAGA